AGGCGCGCGCCCGCUCUCUCUUUCUCCUCCGCGCGUGGCUCUGUCCCCCCUCUCCUGCCCGUCCGUGGCUCAUCUCGGCCCGCCGUGCCCAGCCAUGCCCAACAUCGUGCUCUUCAGCGGGAGCUCCCACCAGGACCUGUCCCAGCGCGUGGCUGAUCGCCUGGGGCUGGAUCUGGGGAAGGUGGUGACGAAGAAGUUCAGCAACCAGGAGACCAGCGUAGAGAUUGGUGAAAGUGUUAGAGGGGAAGAUGUGUACAUUGUCCAAAGUGGUUGUGGAGAAAUAAAUGACAACUUGAUGGAGCUUCUCAUCAUGAUCAAUGCUUGCAAGAUUGCAUCAUCUUCCCGUGUGACAGCAGUAAUCCCAUGUUUUCCUUAUGCUAGGCAAGAUAAGAAAGAUAAGGACCAAGGUAGAUGGAGCAGAGCUCCCAUUUCUGCAAAACUUGUUGCCAACAUGUUAUCGGUUGCUGGAGCAGACCACAUUAUCACCAUGGAUUUGCACGCUUCGCAGAUACAGGGCUUCUUUGAUAUCCCUGUGGACAACCUGUAUGCAGAACCAGCUGUGCUGCAGUGGAUCAAAGAAAAUAUUGUGGACUGGAGAAACUGUGUCAUUGUGUCUCCUGAUGCAGGUGGAGCAAAAAGGGUCACCUCAAUCGCAGACAGGCUUAAUGUUGAGUUUGCCCUGAUUCACAAAGAAAGGAAGAAAGCUAACGAGGUGGACCGAAUGGUCUUGGUUGGGGACGUGACUGAUCGCGUGGCAAUUCUUGUGGAUGACAUGGCGGACACGUGUGGCACAAUAUGCCAUGCAGCUGACAAGCUGGUUUCUGCAGGAGCAACUAAAGUUUAUGCAAUUCUCACUCACGGGAUCUUUUCUGGCCCUGCUAUUUCUCGGAUUAAUAAUGCUGCAUUCGAAGCUGUUGUUGUAACUAACACAAUCCCACAGGAGGAAAAAAUGAAACAUUGUCCUAAGAUCCAGGUUAUUGAUAUUUCUAUGAUUCUGGCUGAGGCAAUCAGAAGAACACACAAUGGUGAAUCUGUGUCCUACCUGUUCAGCCAUGUCCCUCUAUAAUUUCAAGUCAACACCAUUCUACAUUUAGGAGCCCUGCAGUGAAGAACACAAUUCAGUAUUAAGAUAAUUAGUAUCUCGGAAAACUUUAGGUCGACUAUGCAUUUCCUGCUUCUAACAUGGACAAUGAGUAAAAUGGGCAACAUCAUUUUUAUUGGUUGCAGAUUUACAAACUUUGUGCUUUAAAAGAGGAAACUAUAAUAGUUGCCAUGAUUUAUUUAGAUAAGUAAAUAUCAAUGAAAAAUAACAUGACAUUGUUCAAAAGCCACAGUUGCCUAAGGAGUUUGCAUUUACAACAUAAUGCUACAUCUGUUUAUAGACCUCAGACAUUUAGAUGCAUUGUUCAGGUUGAUCCCUUUCUGGGGGAGACAUGAUCUAGGCUACAGAUUUUUUAUGGGAAGGUGGUAAUUGUUCUACUUCUCUUGAAAUUAGGCUUGGAGUAAUUAUUAACUCCGUGUCCUCUCAUCCAAAGAAUCUUCUGCUUCAAAUGUUUGCUUGAAAUAAUAGGAUCUCAGUAUACCCCAUUGUUCAUCUCCAGUUACUGAAUUAUGCUUAACCUUGCAGAUCUUUCUAUCACAAUUAAAUGAAGGUCAAACUAGACCAUGCGUUUUGUUAAGUGACUUUUUUAAGAUUGAAAAAUAUGCAGUUCUUUCAAACUAUAAACACAUCUAUAAUUAAUGUUUAAAUUAAUUAUACCAUCUAGUGGCUUGUUCACACAAAGCUGGAUUGCUAUCAAAAUUCGUUCCCACCUGCACUGCAGCCUUAUAUGUAUAAAAGUGGAUCACAUGAACUUGCUUCUACUGUGUUUGGACAAAUUGGCAGCCAGCUUGUUAAGCAAAGACAAGAGUGAAUUCUGAGAGGGCUCCAGCUUUGGGUGUGCGAGCUGGAUUGAUUGCUGGCAGUAGUUACUCCUGCCCUGCCUUGACAAGCCAGCAACAAAGUUAGGAUUUUCUGCAGUUGCUACUAUAAAUAGCAUGUAUCAAUCCAAAUUAAAUGCAGAAUGAGAAAUGAGAGUGUCUAUCUUAAAAAUAAAUCCCAGGUUUCAGGAAUUAUCCCAAACUUGCAAGCUCAUCCUUCCUACUAAAAAAUACAAUUUUAAGUUUGAUUGUUUUAUUCUUUAUUUCAAUUAAAAGAAUUUAUUUUAUAAAAAUUCUGUCGGUAUAUUUGAUACAGAUUAAAAUUUAAUUAUUAAAAGUAAGUAUAUUUAUUUUCUUGACCAUCCCUAACCCAAAUGAAAUCAUUAAAACUUGAAAUUCUUGACAAAGCAGAGAAGAGUUGCAAAGUUUCUUAAGUUUAAACCAAAAGUAGUGUAUGAUCGAAGUGUUGCAUUGCCCAAACUAUUGUGUAUUACAUUUUUGUUACCCUGAUGUAAUAUUUGAUAUAGCAUUCCUUCUUUGUAUUUCUGCUAUUUGUCUUUUAGUGCGAUCCUAAGAAAGCUGAGCCAAAGUUUCUUAAUGUGUUAAGUUAUAAAUCAAGUCUCCACUUCAAGUGCUAUCAGAAAAAUCUGUUCAUUGUUUCAAAAUUUCUCAAUAAAUCUUAAAACAGCAUUA